GGCAGGGAGUUUUCUUAAGCGCACGGAUGUUUCGUUGUAGUGUUUUCUGACGCCGAGGAGCUCACUAAUAACUCCAAGGUCAUCGGUUGCGAAGAACAGAAAGGCCAAACAUGAUUAGGUUCCAUCGCUCGCUACUAUCUGCCGUUACAAAGAGAAGCUACUAUGCUUCUUCGAACCAGGCUCUUACUGAACAGCUCAUGUCUAAAGACAUUCCCACUGUUGAGCUGAGUUAUGACCUCAUUAACGAGCAGUCGUCGACGAUACCGCGGAGCCCAGUUCUGAUCCUUCAUGGAUUGUUUGGAUCCAAAUCAAACAACAGAUCCAUUGCGCGUGAACUCAACUCAAGACUGGAGAGGGACAUAUAUUGCCUGGAUCUGAGGAAUCAUGGAGACUCGCCUCAUGAUUCCCGCCAUGACUAUCCGGCCCUUGCCGCUGAUGUUGAAAGGUUUAUCAAAGAUCACCAACUGGGCCAGAGCAUACUCCUGGGCCACUCUAUGGGCGCGAAGGCAGCAAUGGCUGUAGCGUUGAGGUCGAAGUCUCUUGUGGAAAUUCUCAUUUCUGUGGAUAACGCCCCGGUGAAUCUCCAGCCAAGUUCCAAGUUCAUCGAGUACGUCAAGAUCUUACAACAGUUGGAGAACAACCCAGAGAUCACCACGGCGAAAGAGGCGAAUAACGAAUUCAAGAAAUAUGAGGAGAACGAUUCUGUAAGACAGUUUCUUUUACAAAAUCUACGCAAAGACAAAGAAACCGGCAUGAUGACAAGUAGAGUGCCCUUGGAUAUUAUGAAGAAAGCGCUUAUAAAGGGGAACGUUGCGUCCUGGGAAUUUGAUCCCAACUACGCAUCAUGGUCUGGGCCUGCGUUGUUCAUAAGGGGUGCAAAGAGUACGUACGUUCCAGAUGAGUAUCUUCCAGAUAUUGGCCGUUUCUUUCCAAACUUUGAAGUUCGUGAAAUAGAUGCAGGGCACUGGGUAAUGGCAGAAAAGCCUAAGGAAAGUGUUGAUGCUAUAGUUGAAUUCAUCCAAAGACAUGAAGAUAUUUAGAAGCUAGUGGCUAUAAUUCGAGCACAGAGGCAAUGAGUAUAUGCUGCUUAAAGUGUGGUGCACCCACUAACUAUGGUAUACAUGCUCUUUAAUUUAAAGAGUAGACCCGACCUUUGGGAUAGUAUAGACUAAGCAGUUUUCGUAGUUUCAACACAACUGCGGUCAUAGGUCCAAAGUCUACAAGUGUUCUGUCAAUUGACCUCCUAUACA